UUUUAAAGAACAGAAGCAAUUCAAAUAAAAAUUGGCCUUUUUAAAAUAGUUAAUAGCUAUUUUGUAUAUAUUAGCAAUUUUCUCUUAAAAAUGACAAUUUAUUCAACUUUUUUUGGGAGGGAGGUGGAAGAUGCAUGAUUUGAUUCCCAUCAGGACCAGCUUCAUAAGGAAACUUCGGUCUUUGUACGCUCUUCAGAGGACCUUUCUUCACACAAGAUAAUCUGAGCACUCAAGAAAAUGGGCCAUUUCCAAGCGUUAAAUCAAUAUUAUGUUCUUCUUUUCCUAUGUUUGGUUCUAGACAGCUUAGUGCUGUUCUCUCGUGGUGGCACAACAAGUAGUUACGUGAGGAGGUUAGAGGCAACGCUUGAUAUGCCACUCGAUAGUGAUGUAUUUCGUGUUCCUCCUGGUUGCAAUGCACCUCAACAGGUGCACAUUACACAAGGAGACCUUGAAGGAAAGGCAGUGAUAGUGUCUUGGGUGACGCAAAAAGCACGAGGAUCUAACACGGUUCUGUACUGGAAAGAGCAUAGCUGCAAAAUGCUAAAAGCCCGUGGCAAAUCCAAGACGUACAAAUUCUACAACUAUACGUCUGGUCACAUCCAUCAUUGCCCCAUCAGUAACUUAGAGUAUGACACCAAGUACUACUAUAUGGUAGGCGUGGGACAGACAAAACGCAAGUUCUGGUUCUUCACUCCUCCUAAAGCUGGUCCUGACGUGCCCUACACGUUUGGUCUCAUUGGGGAUCUUGGGCAGAGUUUUGAUUCUAACAUAACCUUAACACAUUAUGAGAAUAAUCCAUUGAAAGGUCAAACAAUUUUGUUUGUUGGGGAUUUCUCAUACGCUGACACAUACCCAAACCAUGACAAUAAUAGAUGGGACACUUGGGGAAGAUUUAUUGAAAGAAGCACAGCAUAUCAACCCUGGAUUUGGACCGUAGGAAACCAUGAACUUGAUUUUGCCCCCCAGAUCGGAGAAACCAAACCAUUUAAGCCAUUCAAGAAUAGAUACCGUACUCCUCACCGAUCAUCAGGCAGCACAGAACCAUUCUGGUACUCAAUAAAGAGAGGUCCUGCUUACAUAAUCGUGCUAGCUUCAUAUUCAGCAUACGGUAAAUACACGCCGCAAUACACGUGGCUCGCACAAGAAUUCCCUAAGGUCAACAGAACGGAAACGCCAUGGUUGAUGGUUCUGAUGCAUUCACCGUGGUACAACAGCUAUGAUUACCAUUACAUGGAAGGUGAAACAAUGAGAGUGAUGUAUGAGCCUUGGUUCGUCAAGUACAAAGUAGAUGUUGUUUUUGCUGGUCACGUCCAUGGCUAUGAAAGAUCAGAACGUAUAUCCAACAUUGCGUACAAUGUGGUUAAUGGAAUCUGUACUCCAGUCAAAGAUCAAUUUGCUCCCAUCUACAUCACCAUUGGUGAUGGAGGCAAUCAUGAAGGAUUGUCUACCAAAAUGACUGAACCUCAGCCUGAGUACUCUGCCUUCAGAGAAGCGAGCUUCGGACACGCAAUAUUCUCGAUAAGGAACAGAACGCAUGCUUACUAUGGCUGGCACAGGAACCAGGAUGGCUGCGCUGUGAAUGGUGACACCAUGUGGUUCUUUAAUAGAUUCUGGCAUCCCAUUGAUGACUCUCCUGAUGAUGAUGAUUGAGAACCUUAUAAUCUUAUUUGUAUGCAUCACUUUAAUUGUACAUGUCCUUUUAGAUCAAACAUUAAUCAAACAAAAGUGUGGAAGAUUAUGUAAAGGAUUAGAUCAUUAGAUAAAUGCAGAAAUUGCAGAUUUUUGGUAUUUGUAACUGUUUUGGUGUAUCUCUAUUCUUGUUUAGAGAAUGUGACUCAAAUUCGAUUCUA